ACUUAAAUAGUAUUAUAUAUAUAGGUAUAUAUAAUAUAAUUUUGUACUUAGAAAGCUAUAACUAAGGUGUGUUUUUAUUAUUAACUGCGUUAGUGCAAGUGAGAGAAAUAUAUAACUAAUUUGGUCAACAUGUGGAAGAAAAAAGGAGACAUGCAAAGUGUUGUGUUGGCGGUUAUUAUUACUUUUCUAGCAUCAUUUCGAGAUGUACAACCAGCAUAUGUAGAAGUUGAACCAAGUUCGGUGAUUGCAUUACCAGGACAAACAGUUGAAAUACUUUGUAAAGUUCCAUUACCACUACAGUAUUGUAGAAUAGUUGCACCUGGAUUUGAACCAGUUAAUUUACAUCCGAAAGCAACUGAAACUAAUAACAAUGGCCUUAAAUACUUUGGAGCAGGCCUUGCUGCAGGUCAUUGUGGAGCUACAAUUACCCGAAUAACAGACAAAAAUAAUGGAAUCAUUAAUUGUACGAUGGGUACACCAAAUGAAGUCAAAGAAUCAGCAGGGCAUAUCAAUUUAUUAGUUGCAAAACCCCCAAAAGCUCCAGAAUUAGAUGUAAAUCGUGGUUCAGAGGCUCAACAAAUUUAUAGAGCUGGAGAUGUUUUACAAGCAGCUUGUUAUAUUCGAGAUGGUAGACCAGCCGCAAACAUAUCUUGGUAUUUAGACAACGAUUUACUAGUCGAAGGAUUAAAUGAACCAAUUAUAAUUAAUGGACUUGAUGAUUUACAAACUGUUCAACAAAAUUUAACAAGACGCUUAUCGCCUCAAGAUGACAGUAAACAGUUACGUUGUGUAGCUAAUCAUAUUGCAUUAAAUGGAGCUGGUCCAGAAGCCGGACCAAAUGCUGGACGCACAUAUCAAUCAUCAAUCCAACUUAACGUUAAAUAUGCUCCACAACCACCAUCAGAAAAUCCAAUUGACUUAUUUGACUACGAACUUGGUAAACCAGGAGUUGUUAGCGUAGAAUUUACAGGAAAUCCAAGACCUUCAACGCAUUGGACAAUUGAUGGUGUGCAAGUAAAAGAAGGAACUGCAGAUCCCACGGGACGAUUUGAAGCUGCCAGUCCUGAAGAUUUGGGUCGAGGAACAUAUAAAGCCAAUUUAUUUAUAAAUAAUAUUAAAAAAGAAGAUACAGAAACUCAAUUCAGAUUAACCGCAUACAAUGAUCAAGGUUCAACUGACUAUUUUAUUGUACUUUCUACGAAUGCUGAACCCCAAGGAUUGGAAUUAGGUGUUGGUCCCAUUAUUGGAAUCGUUGUCAGCAUUUUAUUAGUUCUGUUAAUAAUAUUCCUGGUAAUAUACGCAAGAGCAUCUGGACGAUGGUGUUUUGGAGGUGCUGCAUCAAAUAAUCAACAUUACGAAAGUAGUGAUACAGAAAGUGCUAAUGUUGAGGCUCACAAGAAAAAACGGUUCGAUAAUUUAAAAUCUAUAUUCAAGAAGAAAAAUGAAACACCCGCGGAAGAAGAAAAUGAAGAUGUAGAAAUCGGUGAUGCAGACACUUUACAAGAAGAGGAUGUUGAAAUUACAACUCCAACACAAGUAACUGGAGAGAAGAAAGAUGGAAUUGUUUACGCAGAAUUAGACUUAGUGAAAACAAAUGCUGUAAAACCAAUUGUAAAAAAAGAAGAUGAAAAAACUGAAUAUGCAGAAAUUAUAUACACAAAAAAUGAAACAUCACCAACAAGCAAGCCAAAUGAAACUGAAACACAUUAAUUUUAAUAAAUUUUAUUGAUCCAGAGAAAUUAGACAUUGU